AUGUUCAUCGCAGAUGCAGGAUCAUGGAAUCCUAAAGGAAGACCAUUACCUGGAGGUGGAACCUCGACGGGUUUCGAGUCUAAACCGCCUGCAUUACCCAUGGAUCAACUCAAUCUCCCAAUGCCAGACUUCUUAGCUAUGGGAGGAAACACUUUCAGUACAGGUAAACCAGGAAGUACGUUUCCGAAGACAACUCAGAAUCAGGCUGUUACGAAGAACGUUUAUAGUCAGCCCAUCGAUGUUUACAGUAAUGUGCAAGGGCGAACAACUGAUAAUGAGAGUAAGUUGGGCUAUCCACCUAAUUGGGGAUGGGGAUAUGACUACAAGAAACCUUCUUUGAUGGAGAGAAUAUUCGGAAGGAAAGUAGAUUGGGACGAAGAACAAUAUUAUAGUCAUGGUAAUCCCUAUCAACCAGAGAUCAAAACACCUCAUGCUCUAUAUCCAACGCCACAACCUUCUUCAGAGAUACCGUUAAGACCUCAUUAUCCGAAAUAUCAAUCAAGGAAAUUCGAACCUAAACCAUUCCCGGUAAAUUACGAUUAUUUGUCACGUUCAGAUCGAAGAGUGAUUUUCAAACAAAGACAAAAAGAAGAAAGAAUGUGGAGGGAAGCAGAGAGACAACAGCAGAAAAUGUUCAAAGCGAGACUCAAAGAGUAUGAGAGAGAAGAAAAAGCGAAAUUGAAAUUGGAGAAAAAGAUCUUGAAGGAACAGGAGAAAGAAGCAUUAUGGCAUUAUCGACAUCCAUCCAAACCAUAUCCGAUACCCAAACAUGGUCCCUACAAUACGGUCCGAAAACCGCCAACCUCGAUUAAUCCAGUUGCAGAACCCAACGAAGAUCAUAAUCCAUACAAUUUCAUGCUUCUUCCAGCUGCUGAAUUCGGUGUGAGAAGACCUUUUGAUCCUAGACUUGGUGGGAAUGAGAAAUGGCCUAAUAUGAGUAGGACGAUGACACAUGCAAUUCUCGAUAUGAACAAGGAAGAAAGGUUACACGCGUAUCACGCUUCCACCAUACAGACACCCAAUUGGUGA